AAGUCUGCUGCUGAUUUGGCGUACAGCUCUGACUUGCCGCCCAGCUCCAUGUGCUCAGUCGCCGGUUGCCAAACGAUGAGAGGUUAAUUUGGGAGGAAAACAGAAAACCAAAGACAGAAGAGUGAGUAACUCGAUCAUUUUUGCAUUUUAAAUUAAGAUAUUGGUGAUGAGUUCAAGGAUUUUCCUCGAGGUGGUUAGUGUAAGCGCUUUUGGGAAUGCAAAGGGAGGACAGCAUCCUUAUCCGUUGUUCUGGGUACCGGUCUCACGCGUGGGCAAAGUUGCUCCCCACGUCUGUCUUUGAGGACUGGACCACCGCUGUUGCGCGCUCGUGUGUAUGUGACGGGAUGUGGCUGGUUCCGACAGCUUCAGUGAUAUAUGUCUCACAAGUAUCUCAGUCCGUCUGGCGAGCCCUGCGCGUCCAAACGAGGUGGAGAAAAAAAGAGGAGGGGGGGACAGCUGAGGCAGACAAUGCGGUUUGGAGAUGCGUUUACUCCUCAUCUCCACUGACACUCGCAACCAGAGAAGAUGAUGUGCCGAGAACACCAGAGAAGAAUUACGCAUAUUAGGUGUAUUUUCUCUGUGGGUUUAUAAUUAUACUAGAGAGGAAUUUCGGUAUAUAGGGUUUGAACUGAAAACAAAAACAGAGAUGAAAUUUCCAAUAGAAAACCCGAGGAAACAAGUUAACUGGGACCCCGAACAAGGUUAGUGAUUCUUUCGUAUGGUUUGAUAACUUAAUAGUGUGUUUUUUUCUAUCAUUUAGUAAUGGCUACAACAAUUCCAAUGAUACCUCUUGGUGAUUCCUGAGACAAUAAAUCACACCAGACUAGUCUGUAUUAUGCAAUAUCUUUAAUAUUACACUCUGCCGCAUCUUUUUAUAAUUUUAUUUAUGUCUAUCAGUUUAUUUUCUCUUAUACAUACAAUUGUUAUUUCAAUAAGAGACCCGUUAUCGUAAGACAAAGCAGCUGGGAGGGUUUCCACAUCCUCCAUUCAUCCUCCGUGUGCUCAGCUGUGGGGGAGCGCGGCUGGAAGCAGACCUUACACUUCAAGUUAGAGGAAAUAACAGCUUCUUAAAACCGGAAAAGCUGUCAAAAUAAAUGUAUACUUUAUGUGUAUCGGGUAAUGUAGAUCAGUAAUGGGAAAUUUCGUUUUCUGUAAUCAGCUUAUGCUGACUUUGAUCUGUUUUGAUUUUGAGAACUGUGCGUAAAAUCUUGACGCGGACUUCUUCUAUUUCCCCUCUGUCGUUAAAAGUCUUAUUUUGAUACACUCAACCGGAAGUUACUUUAGUUUGACUCUUACUCGCCUUUUGCUUUUUAAAUUAUUGACUCAGUAGAGUUUCUCUGAGGCCACCCGUUAGUGAUGGGCACGGCAGUUCUUCUAGAUGUAUUCGGCUCAGUGAGUGAUUACUGAACGUUUAGAAGAAUUCAAACUGAGCAUGCACCGUUCCCUCACAAACCGCUAUAAUGAUAGGAUGCUGCAGGUGGCAAUUUAGCAGUAAAAAAAACAAGGUAGUUUUGUCCGACAAAAAUUAUUUCAGAGUAGUUCAAUGCGUAAUUCGUUGACCAAGUGAUUCAGUUUGCCAGCUGCUGGCCUGGCUAUGCUUUUUCUCACUUAAGCUUGACUGAAGUGAGAAACAAACAAAUCACUUGGGGAAGUGAUUUGAUUCAGUUCGUUCACUUCAAAGACUCAGUUCUUUUGUACGAAUCUCUCGUGAACGACACAACACUACACUGAGGCCACUUGGGCUAAUAACCAACAUCAGCCAACCCCAACAUUUUUUACUUAUGUUUACCUUUACUAGUUUUCUGGCUAAAUCACACUUUCCCCACAGUUUUUUAACUGUCCUGCAUUAUUGACCGUACGUAUGGACAUUACGGAAGUGCUUAAGUGGCUUAGUUGAGGUACAUCUCUGGACCUACAUAAGUUGGACAAGUCCAGACAUGCCGGAGACAAGAGUGAAGGCUAUCAGAGAGAGAGAGAGAGAGAGAGAGAGAGAGAGAAAGGCACUGCUUUCCAUUUAGACCUUAUUUAAUUUGCAAAAUCAAUAUGAAACACAUUUACUGAUAGGCUAUGAGAAAAAAAAGGUUUUGCCCUACUACACAAGAAACUUGAAACACAAACCAUUCAGUGUAGAUUUUGGACUUUCAAACAUUGACUACUUUAACUGCGAUUUGAUAGAUUCCUGCAUGUUUUUUUUUAUUAACCCUUUGUUGGCUUUUUUAUCAUAUUUGAUACAUACUUUUAUAUACUUCUAUCAAAUCAAUAUGAUCAACAAACUACUAAAAACACCUGAAUACAGUCGUUGUAGUUUAUCAGUUUCCAAAAACAUCUAAUGUAUUGUUAAAUUUUAAGGACAUUUUGAUUUUUUUGGUUUUCAGUAGUAAGUGAAAUAAACAUUUCAGCUCCAAAAAAAUUGAAUGUUCUGGCCAUAAUUUGUGGUGUCAGGCAUUAAAGGGCUGUCAUUAGUGGCUUGCUGCCUGGCUGGAUAGAGCUCAUUUAUUCAAUCUCACUGACUAACACGGUGAGCUACAAAGCAAUUAAUAUAUUCGAAGAAGCCGAGUCAGGGACUUGGCUCAAUUUGCUAUACAUUUUCCCGGCGAUGUUCUCUCGCAGUGCAGCCAUCAAAAUGAUAUCACCACAUAUCCAUGUGAGGUCACUGUAUUUCUGCCACUUCACUCCUCGGUCUUAAUUUUCUAAUUCAUCUCUGGUUCUAAAAAUAGCCGGGUAGUCGCCGUCCUCAAAGUCUCGUGCUGUAAAUUGAAAGUGGCAGUUUUGCACCUUUCCAAGCUUGUGACACCACUUUGCUGUUAUUGAUUCACUCAUGAUAUGAGGAUUAACUAACAAGAUUCAUAGCUGCUGGAACAGAGACAGAGACGCUUCCUGGAUGCCCUUGACUCAUCGGGGUGGUGUGUGUGUGUGUGUGUGUGUGUGUGUGUGUGUGUGCAUAAAAUUUACUUAGCAUGCCAUAUAAGUGAUGCUAUCCCAUUACACAAAAGAGCGCCCCCCCUCAAACAAUCCAUUCUGUAUUCCUACCUCCAAGAAUUGCAUCAUUGCAGACAACAGGCUCCACCCAUCACUCCAAGGCACACCAAGCUUUCGAGGUGGGGGCGUCGGAGGUGAAGGCCGGAGCUCUGAAUAGCUUAUUCAAUGCUUUAUGCACGUUCAAAGAGAACUAAAUUUGGCUGCCUCUGUGAUGCUGCUUGACACUUUGUUGACCCACACCAGCAUACAUGCAUUUGUUAUAAAAACCUAUCCCCAAGCCAAUGACUGAAAGUGGCACUUAUCCUUCUCUUAUGGUCUAUUAGAAAAUUGAAUCCUGCUUCUCUGAAAGGGUAACUCAGUUUUCACCUCAAUCGAACAGCAUUGUAAGGGUUAGUACUGAGUAAGCUUUGAAUAUCUGUGUUUGUACAUGUCCGUGGUACUUGUGGAAAACGUAUUUUGUUUUUGCAUCUAGGUUGUCAUGGCCUUUUUCAUUCAUUAUUCUAAUUCAAUUGUCAUGAUCUCCGCAUUAGAGGUAGAGGUAGGCGCUGUGGACUUUUCAAGCUCCAUUUCACGGCACUAAUGGCUUUAAUGCGUGGAAUCCGAAACACAUUUUCAGUAUAGCGGUAUGUUGAGAUGAUAGAGUAUCUGUGCAGCCCUGCUUCUGACUAAGCUGUUGGCUGGAUAACAGGCAUCUUUGCUGACAGCUUUGAGUACAGGAUUUGUGAAGAGCUCUUUAUUAUCUGGGAGUCAUGAGAGGAAAUCACUUUCCAAUGCUUCAAGCAGCAGGCUAUAGGUUUUCAAAGGCUGUGAUAAGCUUGUGUGUACAUCCAUCGUUGUACAUCCAUAUGAUUUCUUCGACAAGAUCUCACAACAAUAUACAGUUGCCGUUUUUAUUGAUUUUUCCUCAUUCAAUUUUUGUAAGCUUUUUCCGGACAGAGGGGAAGAAUAGAUAGACAAUAUCAGAUCUGGAAGCAGAUUUCAGAUUUUCUGUCAUUGUAUUUUACAAUCAAGCUACUAGGAUAUGGAAAAAAAACUAGAGUUAAACUCCUUCAAUAAAUUCAUUUUAUCGUCAUAAUUACAAUACAGAUGUUAACAUGGAUCAAGACAAAGAGCAAGUAUAGGGGUCUGUAAGCACUCGAAUGCUGGAAAUUGACUGUAGAAUUACAACCCUAGUGCUAAGAAAAACAUUACAAUGCAGGUACAACAAUUUCAAUAAUUUAGAAAAUCAUCUGAACCCCAUAAUUAGACCUAACGCUGAAACUGAAAAUAUGAAAAAUGUAUUUUCAUCUUCAAUAUGAUUGAAGGCCUCAUAAGGUAGAACUGCAUUACAAACAGACAUUGCUCUGGAGUGGAAAUCUCUGCAUGACCUCCAAAUCACCUCCAAAAAUAAUUAGUGAAAACAAUUUAUUGCUGCAUCCACAGAUGCAGGUUAAAUCUGACUCAUGUAAAGAGGAAAGUAUUAACAUGAUCCAAUUUCUCUUGGCUUGAUCCCAGGUAAGAUGCUGCAGUGGUAGUUUUCACAUCUGGGAAUGCACCAUAAAGUCGGGUUUAGGAAUCUUCCACAUUUCAGCAAGUCAAUUGCAAACCAUGUCUUACAUGCAUUACAAAAGCAUAGUUCUGGAGUGUAAGAGUCAAGGCUCUAAACUGGUAUACUGGUAUACUGACAAAGAAAGACCCAGGGGCCCACAACAUAACUAUUUUAAUCAAUAUUUUCAUGGAUAAUGAAACCUAACAAGUUAACCUAGAGAUGAGAACCAAACUGGAUGAUAGAGAAUUGUCUUUAGUGUAAUUUACAGUUGAUUUAAGACAUGGGUCAAAACCGACCCUUAACAUGGAGGGUGUGUAGUAAAAGCUAACACAGGAGGAAGGUUAAGUAGCUGAAACAAAACAACAACACUUUACAUGACAACUCUAGGAAAAGGUCUUCUUGGUUCUAAAACAUGUACAGAGUAUUGUCAAAAGAAAAGAUGACAACACAGCAGUAAGCACACAAACAAAUCUGUUUUCUCUGUUCGUUCAUCUAUCACCAGUCACAUUAAGAAGUACCGUAUGAGCCUUUGUGCCCCUAUAAAGCUAAAUAAAAUAUAAAUCAUUCUUCUCCUGUCUCUCAUUCUUUCUUAGUGGCAGUCCAGACCAACUUGGUCCCUCCCAAAAAGGCCCAGCCUGGCAUGGUGAAGUCCAGUCUGGUCCAGGCCAGUGUGGCCACCAUGCAGAACCCGAUGGGCGUCGACCCAAAAGCCAACGGUCACUGUCCACUGCCACGCUUGUCCAUCUCCUCCCGCUCUGCCAGUGUGGUUGCCAGCAUGGACGCCAGCUGUGACGGGAUGGCAGCUCUCCACUCAGUGAUGAAGUGGAAGACAGUGCUGGCUGUGUUCAUCGUGGUGGUUCUCUACUUGGUCUGUGGAGGUCUGGUGUUUCAGGCACUGGAGCAGCCAUUCGAGAGUGACCAGAAGAACAGUAUAACCUUGGAAAAGGCCUUGUUCCUGGAGAGACAUCCCUGCGUGACUCCUGAUGAGCUGGAGGCUCUCAUCAAGGUGAGUGAGGAACAUUUUACCUUUAAGAAUUUUAAACCAAUCAUGGCUGGGUGUUCAAAUGAAAAAUAUAGACAUGUAUUCUGUGCAAAGCUGCUCAGACCCCUCUGAAAUAGUUAAUAACAUACCUAAUGAUGCCUGUAAUCAGUUAUCAGGAUAAGAAACUGAAUGCAAAGGAUGUUGAAUAAAACUUGGUGUCAUUCAAAUUGAUUGGUGGAUAAAAGGAUAAAAGUCAGCAGACUGACCUUUAUUGCGGCAGUUUUAUAGAUGGUAAUUGCUAUCAGGGAUAAUUAGGGGGUUCUUAGGGUUAUUAAUUCUGGUUUUAUUGGGUGGUCACAUGGUUUCGGAAAGCUCAGUUGCUCCCUUCUUCCGCGUCUGGCUUGACCUUCAGCAAAAGAGGUCUUUCAUUCACGUGUCCAUCAUGAAGAAAACGUGUAUAACCCUCUUCAGAGUAAUAGUUGCAUCCCAUUAGAAAGUGUUAUGUAACAGCGUGUGACAUGUGUAUUUUUUAAUUAAUGUAUUAAUUAAACAAAAAAGACUUCAAAGCCCUAUCCACACGUGCACUGCUCCCCUUAUCCUUACCCAGCAUUGUUCCAGUGAGCUGAUAUGUAAAUGCAAAAGUUAAAAUCAACCUUUGCAGUGUGCAGAGUGAUGAUGUUGUUUACGCUGAGCUUUGUUUCCCUGUUUUGUGCUUGCCUCAGUCUGCGGGAUAUUGUUUGGUUUGUGUUAUGGAAAUAUCCUCAUACGUGCUGUAGUGAUAUCAACACACAACAGCCACCAUUGUAGAAAACUCUGUCUUAUUACAAGUUUUAAGAGUGCAAAACAGAGAUAAGUAAGGGGUGUAUGUACGAAAAGGAUUUUUGAAAAUAUUAGGGCCUAAUGUUUGUGAAAUCAUGUCAAAAACAUGAAGUAUCCAUCUAUGUGAGGGGCUUUGUAAAUUAGAAGAUCGCAGUUAGGGUUUAAAAGCUUCCAUCAGGAGUUUUUUUCAAGUUAUUCAUAAAAUAGACUGAAAUUUAUGUCUGUUGUACUUCAAUUUUGAAGCGAGGGGGUAGGUGUCUGACAAGCCCUGUUUGAACUAUUUCUGGUUAAAAUAUUCCCACUAGAUGACUGUCAAAUGUCAACAGGAUCAGAUUUUCAGUCAGAAGACGAUAUAAACAUGUGAAGAAUAGAUUACCGUACUUUGUCCACAGAGGAUGCUUUAAUCGAAUAAAUAAAAGCUGCUUUGAGUUUUUGUGAGCAACUUUUGAUUCAUGUUAAUGUAAUCAUUUCACUUUCACUGUUUUUGUUUUUUUGGGGAUAGGAAAGCAGCUGUUUCCCAUCAUUUGACCAUCAGUUACUCUCAAAAUGUAAUUCAAAGUGGAGCCUAUAAGACUUAUAAUCGAUGCUGUUAAGAUUUUAAAACCUAUGCUAGUGCUCUUUCUUCCUGAGCAGAGAAAACAGCAUGCAGUUGAAAGCUUUUUCUGUAAUCAGAGCUGUUAGCUUUCAUUGCUCUACUCCUGUGAAUGUUUUUUUUUAGGUUGCCAUCUUCAGCUCCAGUUCAGUCCGUGCCACUCUACAACUGUAAAACACUCCAGCUCUGGGUUUGUACUCUAGAUUGCUAUUAUUAUACUUCUGAAGUGCGCCCAGCACCUCGAUAUGUGCAAGUGGGAGUGCUAGAUUUCUGCGUUCACAAAAUCAAAGGCAACUAGUUGAAAUUCAAUACACUUGGACUCAUUUUCCAAACACAUGGCUUUUUUGCAUUUCAUUACACUGAAUAGAAUAUCAGUAUAGAGACUAAAGAUGGACCUGCUCCUCACUUCCUCCCGGUUGAUGAUAUUGAUAAUGGUUAAAUGCCACGAGCAGACUAUGAGGCAGGUGCAUCUUGAGCAGGAAGCACAUUAAUACCUUCAGGGUCACCGCUGAGAUAACCCAUAAUUCACUGACUCCUGGCAUCUGUUGCCGCACACGUUGAACAGAGCACACUUGCACAUGCGGGUUCGUGUUACAUAAUAACACGUAAUUCUGGAGAAAAAGGUGAACCACUGUUUUCCUUAUUCAUCCUUGUGAAAAAUAAGGUCAGUCAUUGUGACGCUGCAUCUACUGUUUCCUGGAAAGCAUAACAGUUCACUCUAUAUUGAUUCUGUUGUGUCCUCUUUCUGGAGUUAAACAAAUUACUGUUUGUAAAUGGCGUUAGACAUAAACAAGACCUACAUUCUUUGUUACAUAAGCAUUUGGGCUUGUUCUGAGGGAUGGAUUUCUUAACUAAGUUGCAUCUGUGUGUCUUGUACCCUCAAUCAUAAAUGCAUUAGUACAGUAUGAAACUCUAGAGUGAGGUUUUACAACACCCACAUGUUUUAAAAAAGGAAAGUAGCUCACGGCCACAUCAACAAUAAUUUUUUUUUUUUUACUCCAAGGAAGGUUUUGAUUCAGUUUUUUUUAAAUGCUUCAUACUGAAUAUAUUGAGAAUCACAGGUUGAGAUUUAAGCUCACUCCAUCAAGAUGACACAUACAGCUGGGGGCAUGCUGGGAAAAUGAUUUGAGACAUGUCAUCGUGGUGUUGGAUAACUGGAAAGUUUGAUUUGUGAGGGAGUUUGGUGAUAGAAAAAAUGUAGGACUAAAAUCUGUCAAAACGUCUAUUGCAGAAGAAGUUACACAAUUCGUGAUAUAAUGGGAAAAGUUAUUGGUGCAUCUGUAUGAGAUGGCAAAGACAUAUUUGAGACGACCUAGGAUUAAGAGUUAGCUGGUCUGUUAAAGUCUCAAGUACCUGUAAAGAUGUAUUGAUGUAAGGGCAUAAAUGUGAACCUUUCGCAAUGUUUCCCAUGUUUUUCUCAGGUAGUCUGAGAUAACUGAGGUUUACAAGGUGUAUGUUACAACGACUGUUUCUCCUCUAAGUCUCUCAAGCUUGAAAUAACCCUAUCCUCGUGGCAUUUGGUGUGCUCCACUUUCUGCCUGAAUGCCUCCAUUUGACGUUAUUUUCUUUAACACAGCUCUGGUGGAUAUUGGAUUGCCUGUUUGCCUCUCCUUCCUUCUCCACACCCACCUCUGUUCUGUUGCUUCUCAGAGAAACAUCCUUUCUCUUUCUUCCUUUGUGGCGCUCAACCUUUGAACCGCUGAAGAACUAUCAUGAGUUUGUAAGAAAAAAAAAAAAAAAAUCAAUGACAGUUCUUUUUUUUCCUAAGAGGAGUAGUGGAAAUAAAAACCUUUAGCAUGGUGUGCUCGUUGUCUGGAGGAAUCAAUUAUUCAUCGCACAGGCUGGCAGUCACAGACCUCCUGCUGUAGCACUUGUAGCAGCAGCUAAAUUACAGACAAGACGAUCUCCUGGACAGGAAGUCUCACCAGGAUGGGAGGUGUAAGAAUUAAUUACCCAUAUGUAGAUUCCUGAGACUAAAUCAUUACUUUGAAGUAUUUCUUAAACUACAUUACAUUUAAUAAAGCAAUGCGUUAAAAAAGUUAUAAUAUUUCAAAAGGAGUAUUUUCGAUACUCCUUAACAAAAUACGGUGUUUAAAAACUUCAUAAGUACUAAUGGCCAGCAGGGGGCAACACCAACAGGUAAAAAAAGUAAAUUUGUAAAAGUGAAAAAUGAAAAAAUAUUUAAUAAUUUACCCCUAACUUGAUUUUUCAUCUUAAUAAUAGACACCAGAUAAAUUCUAGAGUCUCAGCCGGUAGCUUGAAGUCGGCAGAGUCCAGUGCAAAAAUACUGUGUCGUGUGUGAAACCCACACUUUUUUUUUUCUCUGGUGUCUUAAGAAAAAGCCUCCAGGACACGCGUCUCUAUAAAAAGGUCUCUCUGGUCUUUUUACAGAUUUUGUUAUCAGUCUGUUCAAGCUGUGUCAAGUCGUCAUUUAGACAAAGAUCCUCUGUGGCGACACAGCAGCGGUGACUCACUCUUGUCAAACUGUCUGGUAGAGAAGUUGACAGAAAAAUGACAGCCAUGGAGAGCGUGUGUGUGCAUAUAUGUACAUCUGUGUGUGUGUGUGUGUGUGUGCAUGUGAGAUGGAAGAAGAUGUCUAAUGGAAUAAUCACUAAUAAGUUUGCUUAACUGCAAUGUGUUGAUUCAGUGUGUGUCUGUGUGUCUGUGUAUCUUUGUUGACCUCCUCGUGUCAGCUUCAGUGUUUGUGCCGUCCACCUACCCACUGGGCGCCCACAGAGAAAGCAGACCUAAUUAGUUUUUUCCUGCACCAUCGGGGUGACUCACUCCAUGGGGCUGUGUGAAGACGCGGUGGUAUUGACACCGGUCUAGCUUGGCUUAUUGAUGAGUCAUUUAACGGCAAAUCGGCUUCCAUAAACACUGAGCUGCCUGCUGUCAAAGUACGUCAGGACACUCGACAGACGCAUGAAAAACGCAAUAUUUAUGAAUAUUUACAAAACAAAGCAGUUUCCAAUUGAUUUCUUUCAAAUGGUUUGUGGAAACUGAUACAGAGUUUGGCUUCUUUAUCAAAAUGUCAAGGUGACAUAUGAAGAAUUAAUCCCUCCAGGUCAUUUUACAGUGUGCAAACUGAUGAAAACAAGAUGAAUAUUGACAGCAAUGUAAAUCAGAGGCUCAAAAACAAGCAAAUAAAUGUGAUUAAGUGUACAUGGAUUUCUAAAUUAUGAGGUUAAAGCACUAUAUAUGCAAUAACAUAACACGGUGGGAUUUUAUUUUACCUGAAUAGGUAAAUUACAGAGCUUAAAAAAAUAAAGGGAACACAUAACCAUCACUGUGUAACUCCAAGUCAACACCAUGAUUGUUGCUUCUUAACUCAUUGACUGACUCAUUGUUGUACAAAUGAGUGAGACAACAGGUGGAUUAGAGAGGACAUUAGCAAGACAACCCCUAUUAAGGAGUGGUUUUACAGGUGGUGGCCACAGUCCAUUUCCCUCUCCCCAUCCUUUCUGGCUUGUGCAGCUCCUCAAGCAUGGCACAUUCAUAUGCACCGUGGCCAGAAGGUUUGCUGUGUCUCCAAACGCAGAGUCAAGAGCGUAGAGGAGAUACCAGGACACGGGCCAGGAGAGGUGAAGAAGGUCGUAGGAGGGCAGCAGCAGGAUUGCUAUCUGCUCUUUUGUGCAAGGAGGAACAGGAGCCCGACAAAUUGCCCUCUAGCAGAUCGCCGGUUUGCAUGUUUCUGACCAAAGUAUCAGAGACAGACUCCAUGAGGGUGAUAUGAGGGCCCCACCUCCACAAGUGGGGCCUGUGCUCACAGCCUGACACGUGCAGCCCGACAAGCAUUUGCCAUAGAAUACCAAUGGCAUAAUCGUUUGUGUACCAAAGAAAUGGCAGCCAUAGAUUGUAAUGUUGAAUAUUAUGACUUCAUUAAGACUCAUUCUGCUUCAUUAUAAACACACUAAUUAAACUUAGCCUGAUAAUUUUUCACUCAUAGUUGUUACAGGUAAUGAAGUUUUUGGUCUGUAUUGAAUCUUCCAUUAUUUCAGAACCAAACAAAGCCAGUGUAAACAAACACUUCUGUCAAAGGUCAAGCCAGCUGUAUCUGUGAUGGACCUGUUUUCCCACUGGCAUUCAUUUGUGCAGCUUGGGUGCGUCAGUCUGGUCGGAGUGAAGUUAUAAGUAUUAGUAAUGGCCGGGGCGAUACAGUGGAGGAGACUGUUGGCACCAGCUCCCAGUGAGGGGGUUGAAAGACACUGAGAAGAUAAAAUUCUGCGGCUACUUUACUUUCUCGCUCAUGAAGCUACAGCUGAGAAGAAGCACAAAUGUUAAGAAAAGUACAUUUGCGUGUUGAAGCUUUUGUGAUCUCAAUAUGAGGGUGAAACAAAACCAGUGUUUGUUGUCCUAAUUAUUACACUGCAGCAAAAAUCCAAGUCACUGUCCUCGUGCCUCCAAAGUGCAUGGGCAGAGGGAGGAUUUUCCAAAUCUAUAAUGCAGCAAGAACUUGGCUGUGAAGAAGGCAAGACAAAAAUAGAAUUCCUAAUCAAGUAUUCAGAUUCACUGUGAGGCUAUUUAUAGUCCUCCCUUGACUCCAGAAUUAGCUUAUUUAGGGUUUAUUGUUUUAUUAAUGCUUUGAUUUUUGGGCCAAUAAAGUUGCUAGGUCCAUUGAAAAAGCCUUUGAAAUAAAUUUGCGGUAAAUAGUUAAUUUCAACCCGAAGCAGUCUCAUUAGAGGGGCUGCUCUAAUGGAGCUGAAGUAAUCACAUGCAGGAUUAUGAGUAGGCAUGUGCAGCGAUGUGAAAGUGGUCCUCCACUCUGUCUGCUUUGAAAUAUAUGUCACGAGAGUUGAUUCAUAUUUUAUAAUAUGGACGUUGUAUCUCACUGACAGCUUGCAUGAAUAGACUGGGGGUUGCUUUGAAUGGAGAGGCUGUGUAUUUUGACACGCCAGGAAUGUUGGUAAAUGGGCUGAGGCUAUUUCUGACCCAAAGGCGGCCCUAAAAUUGACUCAAGAUGCCCGCAGAACCCAUCUUUAUUCGAAACCAGGGGCUAAAGCUUUCCUGCCAAUGUAACAGGGAGUUUGGAGACAACACAAAUAGAUUAGAUUCUCAUGGCUUCUUAAUGGAGCACAGGCGGAGAUCAAUAAGAAUAAUGAUGCAGCAGAUGCAGGGCGUUGUGAUUUCUUAAUGAUUCCCUGAACACUAAAAGAGCUGAGGGACUACAGAAGAAGGCUGACACUGAAGAAAAGAAGGAUGAGAGGUUUAUCUGCUGUAGAUUUAGACAACGUGAAAAGCAGAAGUAUGUAAAAUUACGAACAAGAACAGUGAAUAAUUUGAGCAAAUCUGCUGUUACAUGCAAUGUAUGAGCGCUUUCAUUUAUCCUGUAUAUGGGGCAUAGCGGGAUAAAGAGAAUUUUUAAGCUAACUAACUACAGAGGAUGGUGCGCAGCAGUUGCCAGUAUUGGGGUCUCCCUUGAGAGUGUGCAGGGGGAAAUGUGAAGUUUUUUAGUCUGAUUGAAGCUCCUGUCAGGAUUUUUAACAGACUAAAAUUCAUACUAAGGCUUUUAUGUGACUAAAGCUAUCAGAAACAAGAUGGGUGGUGUUAUGUUAUAAUUUUUGAUGCUUUUAAUCAUUGCGUCUAAACAGGUGUCGGCCAAAGUAUGAAAAUGAAUGUCUUUAGUGGUUAUGAAACUGAUUUGAAUUGAUAUAAAUGCCCACGUGUGACCUGUAAAAGCAAACAAUAGGACCAUGAUAGCCAUAUAAACGAGGUUCAUAAUAAUUACCAAUCUCUCCAAUCGUCAGCCAUGCCUUUAACUAAUUUGUUCUUUGGUGGUACAUUAGCUUUAACAUUAUACAACAUGACUUAAAGAUUAAAUGAAUUUUCUCCAUCCCCUCCCCGCGUUCCCUCUCCUCUUAUUAUCUUUAAUCGGCGGCGUGACCUUCCAGGUUGAUCUGAAGAUAGAUGCAUGCUCUCCAUCCUCGGUUACCUCAUGAGUGUUACACAAUCAGAGGAAGGGGUCACGCACUUACACACAGAACAGUCAGCAAACAUGCAUUGGCAGGAGGGGUGGUUAAUGUGCUCACUCUUUUCAAAGCUAUACGGUGAAAUCAGAGCUUUUUCUGCACGCGAGCUCAACCUCGACUUUCCCUCUUUGUGAGGACUCAAGGAAAGGUUGCAACAAAUGUCUGAAUGUCCAAUUUUUUUUUCUAUUUUGAGUUAAGCUUUUGAUUGUAGUAAAUUGUGACUGUAACAGUUGAUAUGUUUCUCUCUUUUUCAGCAUGCCAUAGAUGCAGUCAGUGCAGGAGUGAGUCCUGUAGGAGUCACAUCAUACAAUUCCAGCUACUGGGACCUGGGCAGCGCCUUCUUCUUCGCUGGAACUGUCAUUACAACCAUAGGUAAAAAAAAAAAAAAAACAUAGGUCAUUAUUAGAAGAGUUUGGCUGCAAUAUUGAACAGUCCAAACGAACUCUAUGAAAAAUCAACCUCCAAAUUUUGCCCACGUUAAGAAAAAACACCAAGUUGCCACUUUUGCAGAUGUUUAAUAUAAAUUCAUCUCAGAUUGUUUCACAGACGAAUACAUGAAUCCACAAUGCUACAUGAGAUUGGAUUUGUCUUGCAAAUGAAGCGCUGUCAGUAAAGAUCACAACCAUGUAUAGGAUGGACUUAAACACAUCCUAGACCAUGACAAAGUUUCUCUAUUUGCUUUCUUUUUAACCAUUUUUUAUUGAAGACAAUUUUCAUGUUUUAAUUCAAAAGCUUUUGGAUCCUCGCUUCUUUGAUCAAAUGGGACUAUUUAUGAUAGAAAUGAGCCUCGGCUCCGACAUGAAAGAAGAUGCUCUGUUUUUAUGCUCUCUGAUUUAGCAGCAUGUUUCAUCUCUCUGUAGAUAAUAAGGCACAAUAUCCCUGACCUGCUGUUGAGCUGUAGUCCAGAAACUUAAAUGACCAUGACAUUUGCUGAGAUGCAGCAGAGUUUUACAUGACUUCACUAAGUUAACCGCCCUGAUGUAGAAAUCCGAAAACAAAAGGAAGAGCUUCAGAUAACGUGUUUCACAUUGAUUCUCCUCAAACGGGAUUGAUAUGGUUGUGUAAAGUUCUCAUGAUUAAACACGCCUUGGUGUGAUAUCAAGUCGAUCUCAUAAAAAUGAUGCUGCAAUAAGAGAAUGGGAGAUAACAACAAACAGGAUCACAUUUUGUGAAAUUGGAAUAAAUCCGGUUCUGUUUCCUUGCUUUCGUCAUUGUAUCUCCGUCACUUCAGAGCAAUAAUUAAUGCAAUUUUCUACAAGGGGAACCUAAUUGUUGUCUCUCGAGGAUUGUGCAGACCAACGGGCAAUAAAUAAGAACUCUAUUGAUUACAUAAUAUAAGAAAGUCAUUUCCCCAGCUCAUGUUUCUCUCAAUAUUUCUAACCCCUUAUGCACCAUUUCUGUCUCUCUUUGUUUUCCUACUUUCUGUCCUUUAUGACAUAGAUUUAUACUAACUUACCCCGCCUCCUUCCUCAUGGUGUCCUUGUUUCGACAGGUUAUGGAAACAUAGCUCCAAGCACGGAAGGCGGGAAAAUCUUUUGCAUCCUUUAUGCCAUAUUUGGCAUCCCCCUCUUUGGCUUCUUGUUGGCAGGGAUUGGAGACCAGCUGGGGACCAUCUUUGUGAAAAGCAUCUUAAGAGUUGAGAAGAUAUUCAGGGUGAGUUGUUAAAGUUUGCAAGUGUUUACGUGUUGAUGUCCUACUCUUGUUUCAACUUUUUGAUCUUUUUAAUGUCACAGUUGCCUCUCGGGUGCCUUGAUGAGUUUUUCUUAUCGAGUCGCAUUUCUUUUUUCGGGUUUUCUCAGCAAAAACACAGACAGAUCAGCCAGACGAAGAUCAGAGUGACAUCCACCAUCCUGUUCAUCCUGGCUGGGUGUAUCGUUUUCGUCACCAUCCCUGCCAUCAUCUUCAAACACAUUGAGGGCUGGACCACUCUGGAGUCCAUCUACUUUGUUGUCAUCACUCUCACCACAGUGGGAAUAGGAGACUACGUGGCAGGUAGAGCCUUUUUGGUUUACCAGGCAUGAUUUGCAUAACUGCUUUGUCAGACUUUUAUCAUUCAUUCUCCAAACUGCCUCCUUUUGAUGCCUUUCCAGGUGGAAACCGUGUGAUUGACUAUAUGAAGUGGUAUAAGCCUCUGGUGUGGUUCUGGAUCUUGGUGGGUUUGGCUUACUUUGCUGCAGUCCUGAGCAUGAUUGGAGACUGGCUUCGAGUACUGUCUAAAAAAACCAAAGAGGAGGUGAGGAUCAUUCAAUUACUCCGCUUAGUAUUGCAUUAGAGAGGUGGAAAUCAAAAGGUCGCUCAGUUGCCGUCUCUUGUGCGUAUUUUGUCUAUUGAUUCCCUUCAAAAUGUUCCUUCACCGAGUCCAGACAGAGAAGAGGAAGAUGUAUUCUGUCAAAUAAAAAUCAUGUUUAAGGCACUGGCAUAAAUCAGUAGACCGUAGCAUGAUGUCUUCUGAUUUGUGCGCAAAAGUUUGCUUCAGUAGCUUCCUCUAUUUGACCGGCAGAGUAAUCAGAAAUCUUUCUUUCCAAAAUAGUCCCAACAGUUGCAGACGGUGCAUUCAUUCAAUAGCUCAAGAAUCUGAAUAAAAACCACGUUAAACCUUUUUCUUUCGAAACUUGUUCCUAAUUCUUGUCUUUCUAUCUCAGGUUGGGGAAUUUAAAGCUCAUGCAGCCGAAUGGAAAGCAAACGUGAGAGCAGAGUUCCGUGAAACGCGACGGCGUCUUAGUGUCGAGAUCCAUGACAAGCUUCAACGGGCCGCCACUAUCCGCAGCAUGGAACGCCGCCAGCUUGGCCUGGAGCAGCGAGCCCAUUCCCUGGACAUGCUGUCUCCGGAGAAGCGGGCUUUGUUCGCCAGCCUGGAUGCUGGACGUUUCAAGACUUCCUCUCAAGAGAGCAUUGACACCAAGCUGAACAACCUAAGACUAAAGGGGGCCUGUGAGCCGUACGACCACCAGGGGGGCGAGCAUCAACCGCAGACGGCGUCUUCCUCGGAGGAGAAUCUCUUCAACCUGCGCUUUGGGUCCCUCACUAAACUGGCUAGACGUAACAAAAGCCGUGAGCUGCGGAGGAACAUCACUGAUGACAUGAGAAGAGCGAGUGUGUGCGUAAACAACGGCAGUGCCAUGCUGGGAGAGGAAAGGACUGAAGAAGAAGAUGAUGGGGAGCCAGAUGAGGAAAUUGGCGAGAGAAAAGAGGGUAACAUCAGUCUGACAAACCUGUCUCAGUAUGCGAAGGAUCGCACCAAACUAAAUGGCUUUAAUUCUGUGCAGGCCAAAGAGGGAGAAAAUGACUAAGUACUGAAAGUGAGAAAACUUGGAGACAUAAAGUGCAACAGAGUGAAAGAUACAGACGCAGAGAUGCAGAACAAGAGUGCAUGGUCCCUUGAAAUGUCAAGAAAUGUGCCUUUCUGUUUCCUAUGUGAGGACUGGAACUGCUCUCAGGAAAUUCAGUUAUUGUGCCAUAGCCAUGGGAGGAAAAUGUGCUGCCAAAAAAGAAUGAACUGAAAGACAGAGGAGGCUGUAGUGAAAAUACCUCAUACCAGUUGCUACUAUUCAUUUGACUAUAUUUAUACAGCGGCCUUUUUCCUCUGGGAUCAAGCUCUGGGUGCGAAGUUCAAAUGCUGUUUGAAUGUUGAACUACUUGGUCAUAUAUCUAUUUAAGGUACCUGACAGAUCAAUGUAUUCAUACCACUCGAUUGAUAAGCAACUACAAAGACAAGGUUGAAUCAAAUUAGAGGGAAUUUUGGCUAAAACAGCUAAUAAUAAGAUUAAUUUAACUUCUUGUUAAUAUUACCAUUAACUUGGUGGAUGAAACGUACCUCAUUGUUCGGUUACCAUUUUGGGCAAGUUUCUGAAAGUAAGUAGAGAGUUACAAUCAUGAUUUACUCAUAAAAAGUAACUGAAUUAUUAUAAAAGUAUUCAUUUCAGUGUUUCAUCUUUUUUGAUUCUGCAUACCCUGCGUGUCAUCUCAAUGGUAUCUCGCAAAUUAUUUCUCUGGAAGCAGUAGAUUCAACAGCAAAUGCCUGAAAAAAAAGACAAAAACAAAGGCUGGUAUCAGUCUGUUUGGUCCAAAAUAUGUGGAGCAGGCAGUAAUUUUAAUCAAGUCUUGGCUGUUUAGACGGUGUGCCUCCUCCUUGAGCUGACAUGAGCUGCACCUGGGCUUGCGCCAGUGUUUGCAGCACCACCCUAUCUGUUAACAAGAUCAGCUGAAGCGUGUUGUUUUGUAAGAUUAGAGUCACUACUUUUCCUGUUUGUUGGAAAAAAAAACUGUGGCAAUUGGUACCAAAUACGUUGUUUCACAUUGCAAUAUGGUGAAAUGUCUUUGUGGGUUUUUACUUUCAAACGUCUUUCCAGUCAAUAAUGGUUGUGCCAACAUUUGGGCUUCCACCCUGAGCCACUUGCCAGAGGACAGGGCUGCUGCGUGAAUAUAGCGAAAGGCUUUAGUUUUGAAGAGAGCUUUGUUGGCUUCCACGACUCCUCUGAAACACUUGGGCAACGGCUGCCUCUUAAUGUAAAAUCUUAUUUUUUAACGAUGGGGGCAGUACAUCCAGAGAGCCAACUCCGUGUCAUCCAUCUUCAGAAACAUUAUUGAUCUUCACUUUGUCAUCUCAUACUGUGGUGGCUAUUUUUAGCUCAUCGGCCUGGUACAAAAGGGACUUUUAAUGAAUGGAGGGCUGAGGCUGAGUUUCUAAUGGAUCAAUUGCGGUGCAAGCAUUUACCAAGCCGGCAUGUACAAUUAACCCUACAUGGUGUAUGACUUUGAAAAUGUAGCCUUAGGGUAUCUAGAUAUACUACACACUACAGUUAGAGCUUGUAAACAAACACUUUGAUUGUGCACGGUUAUUAAAACACAACCAUAGCAACUAAUGAAGAGAAAACUUACUUGAAGACUUGAUUUCCAACUCUAGUAAUGUUUCAUUUUGUGUUAGGGAGAGAAAAAAUCAAGGAUUUCUGAAAUAAUUGCCACCCUUUUUGUGCCCCCGACACACAUAUUUAGUCACCCCUGGCUCUGAGAUUGUCAGCUAAGUUCUGAACAUUUUAAAUAUGUUAUUCACUUUAUCACAAAUUUCACGAGACAAAUGCUUUUUUCAAACUACUGAAUGUGAUGCUGUUGAUUUUGUACUCACCAAGCAUGUUUCUAUCUUUGUUUACUCCUUUUUAUAUCAGUCGAGCUCUUAAGUUGAAUUUUCGAUUUGAACUGUAAAAUAUGAAGUACAUUGAUACAGUGUCAUGUUUCCUUUCUGACAUCUUUUCUGUUUUUUAUGUCAUUUUUUACUCUGAAACAAGUUUUAUUCCUUGAGUUGUACUCACUGAAAUGUCUGUUUUAAAGCUCCUGUGAAGAACUUUUAGCUUGUAUCAGUUUUGGCGCCCCCUGUGGACAAAGCAGUCUAGGCUUAUCAUGUCCUCUACAUGCGUCAGUCGUGUCCUAUGACAAAAAAUCUCAUCCUGAUGAAUAUUGACACUUGAAUAAAUAAUACAUUGUGAAUAUUUUAUGUGGAAAUGACUCACGCCAAUAUAAGGUAUCAAAAAUUGCACUAUAAAAAUCUUCAGUCUUAUUGCUGAUGGUCUUGCUUGCUCUUGUAUAUCAUAAAAAGGAUCAACAUGAGUCUUUGUGCACUUCAUGAAGGUCAAAAAGCUCCUCACAGGAGCUUUAAACCUCGUUCCAAUAAAGAAAGAGUCAAUAAUGGCGCUACAACACUGACUUUAUUAAAAUGAUCAAAUGUAUGAUUAGCAUGCAUUGCAUUUGUUUUUUUAUGCUAUACCACUCACAAACUUUAGUUGUUUCUAAUUUAAAGAGUAUGAUCUUUUACAUGACUUUGACCUCAACCUGUGAUUAGUUGAAUGAUUAUUUGUUAUGUACAGUUUGUUUUAUGGACGGAUCACAUUAAAUGUAGUGAGUGCCUUUUAUGAUGUAAUAAACAUGACAUGAGAAAUGUAAAAUGUGAUAA